AUGUCCGAGCGUAAAUCAACAAACAAAUACUACCCACCAGACUAUGAUCCGGUGAAGGCUGAGCGAGAGGCCAGAAAGCUCUCCAAACGGCUUAAAACGAUGAACAAGGAUACCAUCACUAUUAGAUUGAUGACUCCAUUUAGCAUGCGGUGUCUGAAAUGUAAUGACUUCAUACCGAAGAGCAGGAAAUUUAAUGCAAAGAAGGAAACCUUACCUGAGAAGUACUUAGACAAGAUCCGUUUAUAUCGUUUUGAGAUACGAUGUCCAAGUUGUAACAAUGUUAUUUCUUUCAAGACUAAUCCACAGACUGGAGAUUAUACAAUGGAUGUAGGCGGAGUUAAGAAUUUUAUCAGUACCGCUGAUAAAAAUGGGUCGGAACCCAAUAAGGAGAUCCCGGAGAAUGAGACUUUAGAACAGAUGUUGGAAAGAUUAGAGAGAGAGCAAGAGUUGGAAAACGAGAAAGGACAAGAUGAUGGCAGAGAUAGAAUGGAGAUUAUAGAGGAAAAACUAGCCAAAUUACAACGAGAACAGGAGGACGAUGUUGAAUUGGAAAAAAUCGCCGAAAGAGAACAAAUAAGAAUAGAGAAACUAGAAGAAUACAAUCACUCAAGAAAGCGCAAACAAGAAGAUCAGGACACUUUAGAUGAUAUGAUUGCAGAACAAGCUUUUCAUGAUCAUGUUGUUAAACCAGACGAUGAGAACGGUCAGGACGCCGGUCAAGAUGCAAGUAACAGAAUUACUGUGGUACCGACGAAAUUAGCAUUAAAGAAAAAAAAGAAUCCACUUGGAGUGAAGCUGAAGAGGAAGAAGGUAUGA